GUUAGAGAGUAAAUCUGUGACGUAAUUAAAAUGCGACGUGAACCGUCGGAGCUGUUGUAGAAAAGCUGUUCGAUAUUUUGAAUUGAAAGAUGAUUCAAAUUGAUGAUUGAAAGUGAAUGUGUAUUAUUAGUUCCUCCUUAUUAGACAAAUUGAAGACUCUUUCGUGCUGAUGCGACACCAAACAAGUUGCAGUUUUAUUCGCUAGCAGUGUUAAAAAUGAUGGAGGAUUUCUCAGGCCUGGCUUUGCCUCCUCUCUUUGGUGGUCACAUCCUGGAGGCUGAACUGGAGGCUGCGGGUGUCGAGCUUGCUUCAGGAGCCACUGAGAUCCUGGAGAGCGGAGGACCUCCUCCGGACGUACCGAAGGACACGAGGGACGUGGACAAGAAGAAAUACCAGGCUCUGAGCAAAUGGGUCAAGGAGCUGGAACAAGUGAAUGAGAGGACACUGGCUCGCCUUCACCGCGUCCAGAGACUCACACGCAGACUGAAGAAAGAGAGAAGGUUCCUCAUGAAGACUCUGGAUGCACACGGAGAUGAUUACAGGAACGUCGAGCUCACAAUACCACUAGAGGAGGAGGGCGGAGCCAGUUUAGAUGGUGCCCCUGGAGGAGAUGACGAUGGCUCCUCCCCCUCUGUCACCAACCAAACAGCAUGUGGAGUGAAGAAAAAGCGGCAUCGGGUUCCAAAGGAGAAAGAGAGAGACACUCAGGCCGAGUCGGAGCUGUGUGUGAUGUCUGAGACUCCGUUCACGGCGUUCCCGAGCCCUAACUCCCUCUCACACUGAGCUCUACCUCCCCCAGUCUGAAGUGAAAGUGUGUACGUCCUAAAAUGUAGUUUAGAAACCAAGCCAGGAGCUAUGAGGCUGAUUCAGUACAGGUACAGGAACCUCACAGCCACCAGUUUAGCACUGAACAACCCGCAUGUCUAAAUCAUUACACACGUUGUCCCGUGCAGUCUGUAAAAAUGGACGUCUAAGGGUUGUAGGGGGCGUGGCCAGAAGUUUGUAUGCAGAACUGUACAUAAGCAGUGAUUCAGAUGAAAACAUAGUUUACGUUUAAUUUGUAUUUUUAAAAACAUAAUGGUGUCUUUUUUUUUUUUUUUUUUUUGAGCCAAAUGAUGUGUGUGAUUCAGGCAUGCAGUUUGAAUUAAAAUGCUAAACUGGUAGCUAUGAGCUUCCUUUAUUUGUUAGCUACAUUAGCCUUGAAUAUUGUGUACAUUUCUGUUUAGGCUGCACUGUCCUUUUAAAAGUAAACUAUUUAUUAUUCUAUUAUUAUUAUUGUAUUAUAGUGACUCAUUUUACUUUUUUUUAAUAAACAUGUAAUGUUAAUAA